AUGCUGGCUGGCCCGUCGUUCUUACAUUCAAGAGUUCACCUCCGACCUGACAAUAUGAAGCUGAUCCUGAUCUCUGCCCUCUUCGGCCUGGCUGCUGCCGCCUACGCUCCUCAAGCGUACCAGGAACAGUCCAACCGCCCCCAAGCGGCGUACGAGAAGAAUGCCAGGAUCAUCGCCCUGGACUCCGACGUGAAAGAGGACUCCUUCAGAUACAACUACGAAACUGAGAACGGAAUCAAGGCUGAGGAACAGGGUCAUGAGGCUGACGGCAUUGAAGCUCAGGGCGGUUUCCAAUACACUGGUGACGAUGGCCAGGUCUACUCCAUCAGCUACGCCGCCGGCCAGGGUGGUUUCCAGCCCCAGGGUGCUCACAUCCCCACCGCCCCCCCAGUACCUGAGGAGAUCCUGAAGGCUCUGGAACAGAACGCUCGUGAUGAAGCCGCUGGCAUCAUUGAUGAUGGUCAAUACAACCCCGGUAAAUACGGAGACGCUAGCGCCGGAGCCGCUGCCUACGCUGCUCAGCCCCAGUUCGCGAGAGCGCAAGCUUCCGCCGGUUACAGACAACAAGCUUACAAAUACUAAAUAACAUCCAUCAGUAUUUAGAUAUAUUUCAUUUUGCAAAACAAAAACACAAAAAAAAACAAGUAGAGCAAUUUUCAUAUCGUUUUUACACACACAUGUAAAGGAAUAACCUUAUUGGUCGUCCUGUAUGAAUGAAACAAACGCACACUUAAAAACUCGUGCGGUGAUUCGAUGUUCAAAUAAUAAAACGAUACGAAAAAUGCUCUACUACAUUUUUUUAUAAUGAGGCUCGUCUGUAAGUACAUUUUGACAAUAAUAUAAUUGUGAUAUUUGAAUUUAACUGUAAAGUUAAACGUUCUAGAAUUAGUGUUACGCCAGUGGCUCUGGAUAUUUUUGUUUGUCAAAAUAUGCGUACAGAUAGAAAAAAUUAAAAGUUAUCAAUAAAAUGGAGUAUAAAAAAUAUUGUAACAAUGAGUAAGUGUAAUCUGAUAUAGUCAUAAUGGUUACCAGUGAGAUGAAGCGAAGAAUGCUAUUAUUUAUUCUAUGAAUAAAACUUAUACCUUUUUCUACAAUA